GAGCGAUCGGCGCCGGGGGGAGGCGGGGGCAGGGCGGGAGCGGCACCGGCAGCGCCGACAUCCGGGCCUCCGCCCGCCGCCCCCAGCCGCCGCCAGACGCCGGCCCCGAGCGCCGCUCCGCAGGCUCCAAGGCUGAUCCUGCUGACAGCCCCUGAGAUACUGACCUCUAUGGGAACUGAGACCACUUGACUGCACUCAGCACCUUUCAGGAUCGGGUCCUAGGAGAUGGUCACAGGCGCUCAGGGAGCACCGCCAGAGAUUUGACACGAAAGCGAGGGUACCGGGCACUAGAUGAGAAUAUGGCCAAUGGCAUUGAAGAUCUUAUCGGGAUCCCAUUCCCAAACCACAGCAGCGAAGUCCUGUGUGGCUUAAACGAGCAGCGGCACGACGGGCUGCUCUGCGAUGUCAUCCUCAUCGUGCAGGACCAGGAGUACCGGACCCAUCGGUCCGUCCUUGCUGCCUGCAGCAAGUACUUCAAAAAACUCUUCACUACCGGCACUUUAACAGACCAGCCCUAUGUUUACGAGAUUGACUUUGUCAAGCCUGAAGCACUUUCUGCCAUCCUGGAGUUCGCCUACACCUCGACCCUCACCAUCACCACCUCGAACGUCAAGCACAUCCUCAGCGCCGCCAAGAUGCUGGAGAUCCAGUGCAUCAUCAACGUAUGCCUUGAAAUCAUGGAGCCCGACAGAGAGGUGGAAGAGGACGACGACAAAGAGGAUGACGACGACGACGAGGAUGACGACGAAGAUGAUGAUGAUGAGGAGGAGGAGGAGGAGGAAGAAGUGGAAGAUUUUGUCAACCAGGAGAACCUAACCGAUGUCCAAGAAGUCAGCUGUCACCAAAGCCCUUCUAAGUCUGAUCUUACCGAAGAAGCAUACACGGAAGCACCUAAAGACUUUCCAAAUCACUACCCAGCCAAUAACUCCUCCGGACACUUGGGUGUGAUACGAGACUUCUCCAUCGAGUCCUUGCUGAGGGAGAACUUGUACCCGAAGGCGACCGUCCCGGAAAGGAGGCCAGCUCUCUCUCCUUUCACCCCCAGCUUCUUCCCCCAUCUGUGGAACGGCAACUUCAGCUCCUUUCCCCAGCUGGAGGAGCCACAAGUAGACAACGGCCCCUUGGACCUGGUGAUCAAAAAGAGGAAGAUCAAGGAAGAGGAGGAGAAGGAAGACCUGCCUCCGCCUCCUUUCCCUAAUGACUUCUUCAAGGACAUGUUUACCAACACCCCAGCCGCUCCCCUGGGGCACAUUAAGGCAGAGACCGACUACGGCGCUUAUCUCAAUUUCCUCAGCGCUACCCAGUUCGGAGGAGUUUUUCCUCCCUGGCCCCUGGAGGAAGAGAGGAAGAUAAAGCCCAAGGCGUCCCAGCAGUGUCCCAUCUGCAACAAGGUCAUCAUGGGGGCCGGGAAGCUGCCCCGGCACAUGAGGACCCACACGGGGGAGAAGCCGUACAUGUGCACUAUCUGUGAAGUCCGCUUUACCAGGCAGGACAAGCUGAAAAUCCACAUGCGCAAGCACACGGGGGAGCGGCCGUACCUCUGCAUCCACUGCAACGCCAAGUUCGUGCACAACUACGACCUGAAGAACCACAUGCGCAUCCACACGGGCGUGCGGCCCUACCAGUGCGAGUUCUGCUACAAGAGCUUCACCCGCUCCGACCACCUCCACCGCCACAUCAAGCGGCAGAGCUGCCGCCUGGCACGGCCGCGGCGAGGCCGCAAGCCGGCGGCGUGGCGAGCAGCCAGCCUGCUCUUCGCCCCCGGCGGCCCGCCGGUGGACAAGGCCUUCGUGGUGCCCCCGGCGCUGGAGGAGAUGAGCGGCCAUCUCGGCAGCACCGCCGCCGCCAUGUGCCUUCCCGGGCCCAGCCCCCAGCACUUUAUGAGCGGGGCCAAGGCGGCGUUCAGCCUGCAGGAGCUGGAGAGCCAGUUCGAGGACACCCAGAUGAAGCUGCUGCGGCGAGCCCAGCUGGACAUGGAGAGGAACGCGGGCAUUUUCGCCUUCACCCUCGGCCACAACGAGAACCUGGCGGCACAGCCUUUCUUCCCGCUGCCCGACCCCUGGAGCACGGGCUUCAGCGGCCUGGCGGGGCUCGGCCACGUGGCUCCCAUCUCGGAGGGCAGCAAUUAGCCCCGACGGGGGGCCGCUGCCUUCCUCGCCCCCCCCGCAGGCCCACCAAGAGAACUGACCCCAUGCCAGACACGGCCAGAUGCCACCCGUGGCCACCAGCGCUUUAGAUUCGGUGGCCCCAUCCAGGAAGGCCAUGCCAGGGCUGCUGCUCUCCUCAACGCUCCCGAAAAUGUCACUUGCCUUAGUCCGGGGCAUGGCCACCCCCCCUGGGACCACUGCUGGGGGACCCACGGAGGGCACUGGACGCCCACAAGCCGUCCAGACUUGGUUUUGAUAUGUUACAUUCCUCGGCCCUUUUGGCCGAAAAGGACUUUUGGAGGUCAUUGCUUUUUGUUUUUUUUUUUUAUUUUCAGUUAAACUCCCGUGUCUGGAAACAACACUUUAUUCCAAGAGGGGUCUUGGUGGAAGAGCGGGGUGAGCGGGGCAGCUCCGCACUGCCGCAGCCUGGAGAGAUAAAGGGGAUCGACUUUAUGGGGCUGUGCGGUACGCAUUGGGACCCUGAACAGUCAAUAAAAAAAAACAAAAACUGUUUGGAGAUCACUCCAGACAAAACCUGUGUGGAAAAGGGGAAUUUUGUUACUUUGGUUCUUUGGCCAUUUCUAAACUUCAGACAGAGAAUCAAACCCUGUUUUGAGCAUUUUACCUUCAGUUGCUUAAAAAGGUGAAGAAAGUUUUUUGGAAGGAUCAGAAAUGUUUUGAUCCAGAGCUUUUUUUUUUUUAAACCCUUGCUUUGGGAAAAGAAACCAUGAGGGAAUGUUGAAAUGAGAAAGUCGUUUCAAACCAAAGAGUCAGGAGAGCUCAGUGAGAAUUUGCCGCCACUGACCGUGUCUGGAUUUUCGUCCUUAAUCCCUCCCCCCUCCGCCCCUAAUUCCUAUAUAUAUUUUGAUGACAAAAAUUUUACAAAACACUUGGGUGUCCCUGAAUCUGCAACGCUGAUCAGAAAAAAAAUUCGGUGCGCAAAUUUUCCUGCUGCUGGUCUGAGGGGAUCUUUAGGGGAAAAGGAGGCCACUAAAGAUUUCUCGCAGGCAAGGUUGUCUACUUGCAAGCAAGUAGAAAUCACAUUUCUUCUCCAUUUGUUGCUUCAAAAGACAAGGGGAUAGCGUCCGACGGGCUGCUCUGAGCUCGAGGAGGCCCGCGGUGGCUGCUGGGUCUGGGGUCCCCCCCUGGCUCCUUGCAGACCCUGCUCCAGCCACCCCCACCUGAUAUUUCUUCCCUCUCUCCUUCGAGGCCAAAAAGUGGCAGUGGGCUGGAAUCGCCCCGUGAGCCUCCUUUGGCCUGGCAGCUCCUAAAAAUGUGAGAUGCCUCUGAGAAUGUAGGCUUUUGGUGGCGGUCUGCCUCUCGGACGUGGUGGGACCCCCGUAUCACCGCCUGAUGAGAGGAUGGCUUCCUGCGGGCGCCUGGUAGGGUGAUCAUACACGAAAUCAGUGCUCGAAAAUGUAAAUGUUACAAAUUACGUCUUUUUCUUUAUUUCUUUACCUUUCAAGAUAUUUACCAUUUCCCUUUCAACGUCAGCAGGAUGAAAGGGAACGAGAGGACUGCAGGUCCGUUUUCUGUAGGUUCUUGGCUUGCCUGCCAACGCUGCUGCUCUGAAGUGGGGACCGGACGGUGGUCGUCCCACGGGAGCCUGACACAUCCCCUCCCGUGCCCCCACCAGGGAUGCUCGUGCUGUGACCACGCGUGGCCGAACGCUGCCACAAACUGCCCGCUGCUUGCUCCCGGGAAGGAAUCUGCAGGGACUGUGUGUAACAAAUUGGUGGAGAAAAAAUAGAAGAAAAAAAAAAAAAAAGAGAACUUCUAAAACUGCAUCAAACUCUCUCUUUUUUUUUUUUUUUUUUUUAAGUCCGCAUCAACUUCUUACACAAGCGACGUUUUGCAGAUGACUGGUUACUUCAGGUGUUUUUUGUCUACGAUCUGGAGUCAUUGUAAAGCAUCCAAAGAAGCUAAGUACUGUAUAACCUACAAGAACUUGAAGCAAGGUGUUUUUUUUUUUUUUUUUUUUUUGUCUCGACUUGUUUGUUGUUUCUUUUUUUUUUUUUCUAUUUGUCUAUGGGGGAAAACAUUUGCAAUUUUUCUAUUUAUAACUAUUUUUAUGUGAUUGCUUUACGUACAAAACAAUGGGGAAAAAAAAACACAAAAACAAAACAAAAAAAAAAGGAGGGAGAAACACACACACAAACAAAUUUGCCUUAGUUACUCACGGGACAAUCACCCUUAACUUUCAUUGAAGCUAGAAAAUGAAUGGAAAGAGAAGAAAAACUAGAUCCUUUUACGUAUUUAUUAAACUGUAUUAAUUGAUGCUCUUAAAUUAUUAGCGGGACUUGGUUCUCUUGCCUGUGUCCAAGCUGAGAAAGCUGAGCUGCCCCCCAGGACAGCCCUGGCUCCAUGUGUGCUCGCCAGACCUACAAAUUUUGGAAAUCCAGAGUAAUUACGAGGCUGUGGCUGGGUGGCAAUGCCGAUGGCCGUGUCCCGGUUAAGGCUGAUUCUCCCCCGUUGCGCUGGUGUGGGUGGCACGGAGCCGGGUGCAGGCAGCGAGCGCAUUUUGGGGCGGGGAGGGAAAACUUCAGCAAACAAAAUUUCGGUGGUGUGUGGUGACUCCAGGCCACAGGUAAUCUCGUGGGAGCCCACCCUGGCGUGGAGGAAGCCUCGCGGGCGUGCUGAGCACCCAGCUUCGGGCUGGGAAGACAUGGGGAUCUCCAGCUCGCCCUGCGGUGGCUUCUUGGUCACCUUCUCCCCCCGGCUCCCGUGGUCCGGCUGUGGCAGGAACCACCAGCUGAUGCUGUUCAGAUGCCUGUAAUUCACGCUGCAGCCAGGGAGAUGCAGAAUUCCCUUGUUAUGUUAAUGCUACUUUUUGAAAGAGGUGCAAAAGCCUGGAGAAUGGGUGCCAGGUAUGAGCGGUGGGACCCAUCCCACGUCGUUCAGCUGUUACCAAGGUCAGGAACAGCCCCCUCCGUGCACACCGAGAUGCUGACACCUCGGCUUUGGGUGUCAGAAGACGCAAAGUGCUUUCCACCCAUCGCCCCUGCUCUGGAGGGAGGCAGGCGCUGCUGAAGGGUGAAUCACCCACCCUCCUGGGACCUCCCAGGGCUGGGAUCAAUCUCUUUUUGUGGCACCUUUCUAUCCACUAUCGACCCAUGUGGACUGGAAAACUCGCUUGGACAAACUGCUCUCUAUUCCUGUAGCUACAGUGAGAUACGGUGAAGCUCUUCUCCUCCCCCCCUCUAUUGAUAUUCUUGAUGUUAGGGUUGUAAGAGGGCUCUAAGAGGGCUCUGCUCCCCAAAAUCUGGCCCUGCAGCCUUCAGUGGGGCAGCUCUACAAGGUGCUGAGCAUCCUGUCAAUGCGCUGGUGCCUUCGCCGUGGGGAGCGAUGUUCCCAGCACCGCAGCUCCCUCCCUUCUGCUCAGCCAUCACCGGGUGCUGGGGCAGGGUCUGGACCCAUGGGCACAGUCCAAAACUGGUGUGAGAAGAUGGAAAUGCCAUCCCACCUCCCGGAGUGGGCAGGCAGCUGUGGGCAUCUCACCCCUGCUCCUGUGUUCCCCACCAGCAAUGUGUUUCUGCGCAAAAAGGAAAAAAAAAAGAAAAAAGAAAAAGAAAAAAAAAAAAAAAAGGAAAAAGGAAAAGAAAAAGAAAAAAAAAAUAAAAGAAAAACCAACUAAAUUACAUUUUAGCUAUUUCGAUAUGUUUUUAAUUUUUUUACAAACCUUGUGGCUUUUAACCCAAUUUUAUAUAAUGUCAAAAAAAAAAAAAAAAAAAAAAAAAAGAUUUGCAGGGAGGGUGAAAAUCUGAAAAUUGCUCGGAGGAGCUGUGUGCUAAUCAGGCACAUGGGAAUCACGGAAAGAAAACCAGCUUUGGUAAAUGCUUGUUAGCAGCAACAUAUGGCUACACUCUUGCUCCCGAACAGCUGCUGUUAUCUGCUGGAGCAUCCAGACCCCGGUGGGGGGAACGGUGCUGGGGAAAGGCUGCUCGCAGGGCGAGCUGGUGCCAGGUGCUGCUGCGAAAGGAGCAUCGGGCAGGAUGGGCAGCUGCCUGCCCCGGCCUUGAAACCAUGGGGAGGGUGAUGCAAAAGCCUCUUCCUCUGGUUGUGCAGGAGAAAUUUAAAAAAUAAUAAUAAUAAAAAUUAAAAAAUGUAAAAAAAGGGAAAGAAUUAGCCUGCACUUUGGGAAGUGAGAGGCUUUCUGUUCUGCAGCCGCCCAGUUCCCUGCAGAAGCCCCUGAAAACAAAGCGAAUCGUCCCACUGACGCUGGUGGGGCUGCUGCCCUGCUCCCAAUCCCUGGCUUUUUCACACCAUUUUGGGAGGGGAUUAGUGCUGUACAGUCGCAGGGGCAGGCAAUUUCUGGAGAUGCUAUGCUUAGAAAAGCUGCAAGGUUUGGUCUGUGUGGCUGCAGAGGAAAGCUUGAAGAAAAAGGAGCGAGUAAACACGACGAGACCUUUUUGCUUUAGGAAAGUGCUGCAUUUUGCAGCAGGCCACACACGUGGUUGGGUUUUUAGAGGCUGCCAUCACCCUUCAGCACUCUGCCAGCCUGCACGUCCUUAGCCCACGUGUGACUUUCUUCCCAAGUGACAAAACCAAGGAAGAAGAGGAGAGCCCUGCUUGCAGCAGACACCACCUCCAGGUCCCGCUGCCUCUGCCCUGCGCUGCUCUCCUGCCCCACCAGACCUCCGGGAGCUGCUCAAGAAAGUACCUGUGGCUUGGAAAUGCCUUUUUUUUUUUUUUUCAUUGUUUUCCUGUGUUGAUCCGAUGUUUUUACAUGACUUGCACUAAUGGCUGUAGGGCAGGAUGAUGCUGUUAGACUUCUCGGUUUCGGUCUCUUGUUUGGUUGCGACUCCCCUUGGCUAACAAAGCGGCAGUCCUGUAAACGUUCCUGUUGCACAUCUUACACCCCUGGAGAAAAUAAAACUGUUACCUGAAGCGG